CCUAGAUUUAUCGUAAUUAUACGUAACUUCCGGCCGUAGCUGCAUCGCUUCUAGCCACAACCGUCCUGAUCCGAUCGGUGUCUGCUCUCAAACCCGCGAAUAUUUCAUCUACGGUCGGUGGAAACCGGCGGCUCCGUGGUCAGUCGAAGUCAACGCUGCUAAGUUAGUGUUUGUGCCACAUAUGUGAUCUGCUCCAGAGGGAGAGAGAGAGGGAGAGAGGGAAGGAAGGGGGAAAGAAUGCCUGAGCUAACACAAAGAUCCACAAUCUUCCGAGCUGGACUCCCUCAAAUAGCCGGGAAGAUGAAGGCAGCAGACGAGCCUGCCUACCUGACAGUGGGGACUGAUGUCAGUGCCAAAUACAGAGGAGCCUUCUGCGAGGCCAAGAUCAAGACUGUAAAACGCUUGGUGAAAGUUAAGGUGAAUCUGAAAGGUGAAAGUACGUCCCAGGUGGUGCAGGACGACCAGGUCAAAGGACCGCUGAGGGUGGGCUCCACUGUGGAGGUGAAGACUAACGAGGGUUUAUCCAGCGAGGCCGUCAUCAGUAAGCUGACGGACGCCAGCCUCUACACCGUGGUGUUUGAUGAUGGAGAUGAGAAGACUCUCCGUCGUACGUCUCUGUGUCUGAAGGGAGAGAGACAUUUCGCAGAGAGUGAGACGCUGGACCAGCUGCCGCUCACCAACCCGGAGCAUUUCGGCACUCCGGUCAUCGGCAAGAAGUCGAACCGCGGCGGACGGCGCUCGUCUUACGCUGUGGCUGAUGAGAACGAGUCUUCGUCCAGCGACGAGGAGCAGGAGGACAUGGAGGACAAGAGGAGGCUGAACGACGAGCUGCUUGGAAAAGUCUGCAGCAUCGAGAGCGAGGAAGACCCCAGCUGCUGGUACCUGGCUCUGGUGGUGUCUCCCAGCUGUUGUGAUGAGCUGCAGGUGAAGAAGGAUCAGUGUCUGGUCAGAUCGUUCAGCGACUCCAAGUUCCACACGGUUGCCAGGAGACACAUCCACAUCUUCAGCACCGUCAGCGGCAACAAGUAUGACUUCUCCACCAGGAGAGGUUUCCAAGCAGCCCAGAAGUUCCUGAGGACCGAGGAGAUCCCAGAUCUGUGGAAGAUGGACAUGAGUCAGAUCCUGGACUCGUCCUCCAGCGACGAAGAGGACGACGAAGAGGAGAAGGAGAGCGAUGAAGAUGAGGAAGAUGAAGACGAGAAGAAAAAGAAGAAACACAUAAAGGACGAGCCGGAGGAGGAGCAGGAUCCAGAGGAGAGAGAUCACUUCCUGCAGCAGCUCUACAAGUUCAUGGAGGACAGAGGGACUCCCAUCAACAAGCCUCCAGUGUUGGGUUACAAAGACCUGAACCUCUUCAAGCUCUUCAGACUCGUGUAUCUCCUAGGAGGCUGCCACAAGAUUGAGUCUGGGACCGUGUGGAAGCAGGUCUACAUGGAUCUGGGGAUCCCCGUCCUGAACUCGGCUGCGUCCUACAAUGUCAAGACGGCCUAUAAGAAGUACCUGUACGGUUUCGAGGAGUACUGCCGCUCCGCCUGCAUCACCUUCAGGACCAUCCAUCACAACAACCCGCGCUCUCCCAACGCGCCAGCCAAUCAGAAGCAGGAGAAGCCCUCCACGCUGCCGGCGAGGGCGGAGCCUGUCGAUGACAAGCGGGAGAAGGUGGAGUCAGAGAGCGAGAGCGAGAAGGAGGAGGUGAAGGAGAGACACUCGUCCCCCAGGGGACGGAGGAGGUGUGUGGGGAGUCAGGUGAAGGCGGAGCGAGAGUCUCCCUGCAGACCGGAGAAGGGGGGAGGAGGAGGAGGAGGAGGAGGAGGAGGAGGAGGAGGAGGAGGAGACAGCGAGGAGCAGACGGAGGAGCAGACGGAGGAGCAGAGGGAGGAGCAGAGGGAGGGGAGGAGACGCAGCAACAGAAGAAUGGACGACUCUGAGAAAGGCUCCGAGGAAGAGGAGGAGGAAGACGAGGAGGAUGAGGAGGACGAUGAUGAAGAUGAAGAGGAGGAGGAAGAGAGGGAGAGGAGGAGAGGAGACGGCAGCGAGGAAGAGGAGGACGGGGACUCUGUGAUGGGGACGAAGGUCCGGGUGAAGUACGGCAAAGGAAAGACUCAGAAGAUCUACGAGGCUCACAUCAAGAAGACAGACGUGGACAACGGAGAGCAGUUCUACCUGGUUCACUACUACGGCUGGAACGUCAGGUACGAUGAGUGGGUGAAGGCCGACCGGAUCAUCUGGCCCCCGGAGAAAGGAACCAAGACGAGACGCAGGAAGAAGGUGAAGAACAAAGACGAGCCGGAGAGAGAGCGAGACAGAGACGAAGAGAAGCCGCCGUCGAAGCCUCCGGGAGCGAAGCGAGGCCGUCCUCAGAUCAGGACGCCGCCCACGGGCUCGGCGGGACGCAGCAUCUCUAAAACGCCCAGCUCCGAGGGACGCUCCAACGGGCGCAGCAGCCGGAUGGAGAUGCCGUCCAGCAUGGCCAACGGAGACAACACGCCUCGCAGGAGAACCAGGAGAACGUCGGGCAUGUACGACUCGGACAGAGCGUCCAAUGAGGAUUCUGGGAACUCGUCAGAGGACAGCGACUCAGGAGACACGCCUGAGAAGAAGCCGUUGCCGUGGCAAGGGAGGAGUGAAGCCCCGCCCUGCCAGGAGGAGGAGGAGGAGGUGAAGGAGGAAGAGGAGGUAAAGGAGGAAGAAGAGGAGAAGGUGGAAGAGAUGUUGGUGAAGGAGGAAGAGGAGGAGCCGAGUGAGGUGGUUGAUGUCCUAACAGCUGUUAACGACGACAGCGCUAACGACCGCGACACUGUCUCUACGUUGCCUGUCGCCGCGACAUCACCGCGUCCCAGCAUGCCUCUGGAGAAACCUGACAAACCCCUGAGCCAGUCAGAGGAGGUGGAGGCAGAGCAGGGGGCGGAGCCUGUGGUGGAAGCCGCCCUGCUGCUCGUUCACCUUGACAAGGAGACCAAAACGUCUACGGCGCCAGAGCGAGUUGUGAAAACGCCGAGCGUCCCCGAGGCGAACAAGACUUCUCCGGGACAGGAAGCGCUCGCCGUGGCGUCCCCCUUCCGGACGGCACUGCCCCCGCCGCUGCCCCCGCCGCCCGCCAAAAAGACGUCCCCUGAGAAGCGGCUGUCCUCGCCACCGCGCCCUGCCGCAGAGAACGAGGACAGCCAGUCCACGCCGCUGUCCUCCCCCAGGCUCAAAGGUCGCAGGGCCAUCCUGCGGGGGAUGGACUCCGAGACUCCUCCUAGAAUCCCCCUCUGCAGCCCCGCCCCCUCCAGCCCCGCCAGCGUGGCGUCUCCGCCGCGUAGCGUCCUGAAGAGACAGGACGAGCCCAUGGUCGUCCUCCACUGCCUCCCCACGCAGCGCCUCCCCCCCGAGCCUCUGGCCCCCGCGGCCGCCGGCUCGGACACAGACUCCGCCUCCGAGGAGGAGGAGGAGGCGGAGCCUGAGCAGAGGCAUGGCGCCUCGCUGAAACGUAAAGCAGCGGAGCAGCGGACGCCGGACAAGAAGCUCCGCCCCGACAGGAAGCAGGAGGAAACAGCCGCAGCGUCGCCCAAAACUCUGGCGUCGCCUCUCCGAGAGAGGAGGGGCGAGGGAGGGGCGAAGGCCGAAGACGGGCCCCGCCUCGCCGAGGAGAAGCCCAGGGAGGCGGCAGAGGAGCGGCUGACAGGUGGAGCCCCCAAGGAGACAGAGAUGCAUGCUGGGUCUGAUGCUGGCUCGCCUCCCCCUGCCCUGGCGGACCGCGUGUCGGACCCGGUGGCGGUGGCGGCCCUGGCAGAGCUGGCAGCGCCCCCCCCAACGACAGCACCGCCGGGCCCCUCCCCUGCUGAUGACCUGGAGCCUGAGCUGGGCCCUGAGGCGCUAGUCUGCCAUGAGGUGGACCUGGACGAGCCGGACGAGAAGGAGAAGUCGUGCACGGCGCCGGAGCAGCUGCUGUUGAUGAUGAGGGAGUCUCAGCCGGCCCCCCCCCCCUUGCUGCCCCCCCUCCUCAACGUCUCCCCACUCCCCCCCCAGACGCAGCUGCGCCCCUUCCUGCCCGUCCCCAGCCCCGAGGAGCUGCACCCGGCCCGCAGCGUUGGCGAGGAGGAGGACAGGGGAACGGCGAGGGCGGAGCAGGAAGGAGACUCCAGUCCUGGGUUUGAUGGAAGCGCAUCGUCUUCCUCCACCUCGCUGCUGUCACUGCACGACGCCAAGGACAGAGGCCAGAAGAGAGUGACGGAGUGUAACUUGAGUCCCGCCGCCAAGAAACAGAAACGCAGCCAGAAACGCCUCAGCACGCCGGGGAAGGUGGAGAAGAACGGAGCAGGUCACAGCAGCGACAGCGAGGACCAGUCUCGUCUGUCUCUGUCUCAGAAGUCCCAGAAGUCUCGCUGUCUGUCGUCUCCGUCGUCUCACAGUAAAGACAAACACAACUUCUCCCCUCAGAGGACGUACAAGUGGACCUUCCAGAUUGAUGAGCUGGACAGCAUGUCGAGCUCUGAGAGGAUCUCCUUCCUACAGGACAAGCUGCAGGAGAUCAGGAAGUACUACAUGACGCUGAAGUCAGAGGUGGCGUCCAUCGACAGACGGAGGAAGAGACUAAAGAAGAAGGAGAGGGAAGUGUCGAACACCACGGCGUCCACGUCGUCGGGGUCCUCGGACACGGCCAUGAGUCCGUCCUCAGCCUCGCCCGCGCAGAACACCGUUGCUGUGGAGUGCAGGUGAUGACACGCCCACCAACAGACCACGCCCCCUCCAACCACAGACUCCGCCCACUCCGACAGCUCUGAGGGCAUGAUGGGAAAAAAUACAUAAACUCUCUCCCCCCCCCCCCCACCGGCAGACUGAUUUCCUGUUUCAGGAGAGAAAAAUCAGCCGUCUGUUCAGCCAACGCAGAGAACUUCCCUUCUCUCCUCCUCUCCUCCUUCCUCUCUCCCUCUCUUCCCUCCCUCCCUUCCCUCCUCCUCUCCUCCUUCCUCUCUCCCUCU